AUGGAUGUUAAUAAAAGCCGUCUGGUGUGGCAGGUGGCGCGGGCGGGUGACCUGGCGGAUUGGCUGGUGCGCAAGAGCAUGAUGCACCCGGCCAUGCGCGACGUGCCGGUGCGCUUCGACAUGACGAUGGGCGGCUGGCCCGACCCCACCACGCGCGGCACCGCCGGCUCCUUUGAGCCUCUCACCCUGCAGCUGCAGCGCGCCGCCUACCGCCGCGCCAUCACCCUCGUCCAGCAGCGGCGGCCGGUGAUAGAGCAGGUGGCGAGGGAGCUGUGCCACCCGGUGGACGGCAUUGAACAGGUGGAGGGCCACCGCAUCGUGGAGCUGCUGGAGACCACCCCCCUCGCGCCUGUGCAGCCCGACCCAGACGCACCUGAGGACGCCACCUCAUCCUCUGCGGUGCCCGUUAGCAAGGGGUCGCUGUCGGGGUGCGCGCAGUUCUCGGGGCGGGACGGGCGGCCCGGGGCGGCUGUGUUUGCGGCGGGCGUGGGCGCAGCCGGCAGCGAGUGGGAGCGCAUGGCGGUGGAGGACGAGGCGCUGCGCGCGGCCGCUGAGGUCGUCAUCGGCCGUGCCGACCUGCAGGACCUCACCGGCCUCAGCGUGCCCACCCUCAAGGCCGACCAGAUCGUGCUGCCUGUGAGCGGUGACUGGCUGCUGCAGGUGCGACAGGAGCUGGAGAGCGAGGACAUUGUGGCGCGGCUGCGAGCCGUCCGGCGAUAUGCCAACGGCCCCCACACAGAGAGCCUCUGA